UCGGAACUCGGGGGUGUGAAUGAGCUGAGACUCACGGCUGGUUGGAGAGCUGGUGACAAACACUGCGGAUUUGCCCUUCAAAACGCCGAGCAAUAACCUGACGGACACUCACUCAAACUGCUUAUAUAGAGUAUAGAGACCGGGAAGUGCCCAAACAAUGGACACAGAGAGUGUGUUUAAUCGCUGAAUGUUCACGGAACGGGACUAAUGUUUUGCAAAGACUGCUGCUGCUGCUGCACGGACCGGGUCGGGGAGCCAGAAGGCGAAGACAGGGCCAGCAGAAGUCAAAGAAACGGCGCUCCACAAAGGAGGGCAAAGCAGGACGCGUGUGUGCAGAGAAGCAGUGCCCUAGAUCUGUAUAAGAACUGAGUUACUCAGAUUCAUUCGGGCUCCUUUCAGGCAGCAGUUCCUCAACCCGCACCUGGAAAAACAAAGAGAAUGCGUUCAGGGGGAGCACAUCUCCAUGCGUAAAUGGAGACGCAUCGGUGCGUAUUCGCUGUACUUUUUCAUUACGCAUACAAUAAAUGAUGUUUGUUUUGUCACUAACUCAUGCCCUGUCCCAUGACCACACUGGUAUAGAUGCAUUAUAGACUUCCUCAUACUUCAUAUCUGCCAUGAGUGAUGGCGAUGCCUGCAGAAUAUGACAGUACCGGUGCGCAGAGCAGUACACAUGAAAAAACCUUCAGCGCACCGGAUCGCAAUGGAUAUGUGAAAACAUGUGUCAUCCCACUGUGCCCUGACCGAGAUUACGAGUCGUGGGUGAGGCUAAUGUUCACAAAAAUAUGGAGUUCCCAGAGACUCCGGAGUGCGGUAUGUGCGGGUUCGCUUUCGGUUUUUCUCGCUCUGUUGGUCAAAUGUGCAGACUGGAAAGCUGAAGCCAGCAGCAGCAGCGCUGACAACAGACUCUCGCAUUCAUCGUCUCCCAUUCACUUCGUUACAGGCUGCGCGGUGGAGCUGUUGCAAACUUGCUGGAGUGUGGUUUCGCCAUUGUUCACCCUUGUAUGUGCCUUCUUUUGGGUCGGUGUCUACUUAAUCCAUUGCGGGGUUCUAAUCCAGACCGCCCUCUCACUCCUAACCCUGUGCCACCUGGGCGAAGCAGCGGCGUGGUCUCUCCUGGACGGGACAGAUGAGCAGCUGUUUUCAUUCACGACAGCAGCCGUGGUCGUGCUCAUCUGCGUGGCUACCGGCGCACUCAUGGUAGCACGGCUGAAUCAGGGCAUAUCUGUGAUCGUUUUCAUCAGCAUAGUCAGGACUAUCUCGCUCUUCUCGCUGCACAAAGUACGGGCCACUUGGAGACCAUACAUAGCGUACCUGGUUGGAGUGCUGGGCAUCCUGCUGGCGAGGUAUGCUGACAAGUUCCUUCCCAACCAAGGGAGACACAAGGAGGGCUGCACCCUUGUGACUGGAGCCAGGGAAGAGAUCCCUGUAUUUAAAAGGCGCAGGAGGUCCAGUUCUGUGAUAGCCUCAGACAUGGCACACAGUCAGUCCAACAGUAAGUCACAUCGCCGGACCUCUCUGCCAUGCAUCCAGAGGGACCAGAUGCUCCCCCGCUCGGAUUGGGAACACAAGAGAGGCUCCCGAGGAUCACAGUCAUCAGGCACCACUGUCAUGGUGGAUAUUGCAGUGAUGGGAGAAGCCCAUGGACUAAUCACAGACCUGCUGGCUGACCCCUCUCUGCCCCCCAACACCUGCACCUCACUGCGGGCUGUCAGCAACCUGCUUACCACACAGCUCACCUUCCAGCCGCUACACCGGCCACGCCCUGCUCUCCUGCUUAACCCCAGCGAUGCCUAUACCUUCUCUGACUCAGAGGAGGGACCUGAGAAAGGAGAGAAGACGUCCAUCCACAAGCGUCUGAGGCGGAGUCUCCACCCUGGUCUUCUGAGGAGGAUCUCUUCCACGUGGACCACCACCACCUCCGCCACAGGCCUGCCUACCAUCGAGCCUGGGCCUGUCCGAAGGGACCGCAGCGCCAGCAUCAAACCCUACCAUGAAACACUCACCUGCAGCUGUGGGAGACCAUACAUCAAACUGAGCCAUGGGGAGGGCUCAAUAGACAAGGGAGACAGGAUACCACGGUCAGCAGAGGACCAAGUGGUUGUGUCAUCAGAUUAUGACAGCACCCACGAAGCCAACAACAGUGACAGCAGUGAUGUAGCACAUACAGAGGAGGACACAGAAGAAGGAAAAAACCCUGCUCAGAACAUUAUCCUCCACCCACUAAUACCUCCAGAGGACAAACCAAUUCUCGCUCCAGAACCGUUAAUAAUGGAGGACUUAGAGCCUUUGAUGAGUCAGCUAAACAAUUGGAACUUCCCCAUCUUCACUUUGAUGGAAAAGACCAAUGGGAAAUAUGGACGGAUCCUCAGUCAGGUCUCCUACAGGCUCUUUGAAGACACUGGCCUGUUUGAGACUUUCAAGAUCCCUGUAAAAGAAUUCAUGAACUACUUCCACGCCCUUGAGAAUGGUUACAGAGACAUACCAUAUCACAACAGGGUCCACGCAACAGAUGUGCUUCAUGCAGUCUGGUACCUCACCACGCAGGCUGUUCCUGGUCUGCCAUGCCUCAUUACUGACCACAGCUCUACCAGUGACUCAGACUCCGACAGCGGGAUAACACACAGUCAUAUGGGCUUCCUGGUUUCAAAGACCUACACUGUGUCAGAAGAUGGUUAUGGCUGUAUGUCAGGCCUCAUACCUGCUCUGGAGCUCAUGGCCCUUUAUGUGGCUGCUGCAAUGCACGACUACGACCACCCUGGGCGGACCAAUGCUUUCCUCGUGGCCACCAGUGCCCCACAGGCUGUGCUCUACAAUGAUCGAUCAGUUCUGGAAAACCACCACGCUGCCUCAGCCUGGAGUCUCUUCAUGUCGCGGCCAGAGUACAACUUCCUCGUUAACCUGGACCACGUGGAGUUCAAGCGUUUCCGGUUUCUGGUCAUUGAAGCCAUCCUGGCCACUGAUCUGAAGAAACACUUUGACUUCCUAGCUGAGUUCAAUGCUAAGGUGGGUGAUGAUCCGUCCACAGGUAUUGAUUGGUCUAAUGAGAAUGACAGGUUGCUUGUAUGCCAGAUGUGCAUUAAACUGGCUGACAUCAAUGGGCCUCUGAAGUGCAAGGACCUGCAUCUGCAGUGGACAGAGGGCAUUGUCAACGAGUUCUAUGAACAGGGUGAUGAGGAGUCCAGCAUGGGCCUUCCCAUCAGCCCCUUCAUGGACCGAGCGGCACCACAGUUGGCCAAACUCCAGGAAUCGUUCAUUACACACAUCGUGGGACCGCUGUGCAACUCCUACGACUCAGCCGGCCUCAUCCCUGGACGUUGGGUGGAACCCAACCCAGAUGCAGAGGAGCAAGAGAUCAUGGAGAAUGAGGAGGAGGAUGAGGAGGAUACUGCAGAGGAAGACACGUCCACCAGCUCAGAAGCAUCACAGAAAGCAGCUCCCAAGAAGAGGAGGAAAGUCUUCUGUCAGAUCACCCAGCACUUGUUGGAGAACCACGAGAUGUGGAAAAAGGUGAUCGCAGAGGAGGCUCAGAAACUGGGCCAAGGAGCAGAGUCUGUCCAUUUUAACAAUGUAGCUGAGCCAAUCCUGGCUAUUCAUGAGGAGGAAGAGGAGCCAGGCAGCAGAGAGGAGCUAGUAGAAGGAGAGGAUCCCGAGGAGGGAGUGGAGGACUCAGAGUGGCCAGUAUCUCCACAGGAAGACUCUAAACCUCCAGAGGAACUAACGGAGGAGGAACCACAGUGAAACAGCCUGUGUGAAAUAUGGCGACGGUCAGGGCAAGGGCAUGAAGAAGUAUUUCUUGUUUUCUUAUCCUAUCAGCUGACUCCUGGUUUUGCCAGCACAUCACUUAGACACAACACUGUAGAUGUUUGGGAAAUGUGUGCCUAUACAGAAAAUAACAGGGUGGGAAAAUAUGUGCUUUACACAUUUUAUCUGACUAUCUGGUUUCACCAAACAUUUGGAGCUUUCCAUAUUGCAAUACAGGAUUAUUUGUGUACUUUGGGAUACAGACUCUUUUGCUACUGUCAAGAGAAGAGGACGACUGCUUGUACAGACCUCAACCCUAUGUGGUAACACAGGACUGCAGAAAUUUGCUGCCAAUUUAUACAUAAUUAUUUUCUGAAUGCAAUUAUAUAUAGACAUCACAGUUACUUGUACUUGUGUUUCAAUUUUAGCAAGAGUUUUUGAGGUCUCACAUGGGCCGUAAUGUAUAUAUAAUUAUACAUAUUAUACACAUUAUACAUAUUAUACAUAUAAUUGUAUAUGUAUAUAUAUAUAAUCCAUAUAUAUAUAUAUGUAUGUAUAUAUGGAUUAUAAAGGGAGUCAAUCAAAUGAUGAACAUUGGCGUGUCUUUCUUCCUUUUAACUUCUGCCAAAAUGAAUCACUCACCCGUAGGCUUUAGCAUUUGAAAUCAAAUAAUUAUUAAUACUUUUUGUUGCCAAAUUUGAUUUAUACCAUUAGGUGUAGCCAUAUAAGUUUAAGGAAGGAGACUUGAGGCUCCUCACACUCAUAUGUGUGUGCGUGGGUGUGUGUGUGUCUGUGUGUUUAAAUUGAUGCGCUCAAAUGCACAAUGUCUCUGCAGAGGACAUAGGUAAAUUAAGCUGAUUACCUGUUAUUUGUGCCAACUCUGUUCUCCAAUCCCAAGGUAAAUUCAAUAGUUCACUGUCCCAGAUGUUGUAGCCCAGAGGCCUGCACUGACAAAGCAACAGUGGGUUGGAUAUUAAUCUAUGCUGAAUACCAAAAUGGGAAUACCAGUACACAGAACGUGCGCUAACACUACCAAAGUAUCAGGAAAAUGUAAGGGAAUAAUAAUAACGAGGGACAACCGACAAAACAGGUAACCAUACUUUCAUAAGACAUUAUAAAAAAUCACAAAACAUACACAAAAUACUCCAAAUAAAUCAAAUGUAUAAUCCAACAAAGUUCUUUGAAAAUGUCCAUAGGUAGAAUAACCAAUACAGCGUCCUUUGUCUUUUCUAUUCCAUUUUUGACUUUAUGUCUAUGUAUUUGGAUUCAGUGUGUUGUAUUAUACUCUAUAGUUACUGGUCCUCAUCAUAUAAAAACCUGCAAUUGAUGCCGAACUUUAACCCUCAGGAAAACCUCAACUGUUAAAAUUCAAAGUGAACAUCUGUAUCACUUGUGAGGACAAUAAAUUACAAAUAUGCAGGGAUAGUAAGCUAGUUUAGAAUAUGUUCAUAAAAGGCUUAGAAAAUGUUUUAUGUCACAGGUCCCCACUUUUCUGCUCUGACUAUUAGAACAUCUUUGCUGAUAAACACAGUGAAUCUGUCUGAAUUCUUCUCCUGGCAGCCCAGAGAGACAUUCAUUCUCUCAGAGUUAGAGCAGACAAAACUCAGGAGCGCUUCAUUGGAUGUAGUUCUUCUGCAAGUGAUAGCCCAAUAUGAUAACUCACAUCUGUUACUGCAAUUAUACACAGGGAAAUUAUUCUGGCGAAUUGAGCUAGCAAUGUUUUUUCACCUAAGAAAAAUGUAGUGUGAAAUCUAGUCAAGUUCGAUUUUCAUCAGCCAGUCAUGUCUGUCUGUACCCCCACAAAACAGUGGUGUGGAUAUGAAAACUGAAACAAUUCUCUGAAGCCAGCGACUGUAGCUGUGUGAUGCCAGUUGAAAAGAUUGUUCGGUCUUUAAUGAAAUGGAUAUGCAGUGGAUAACCUUGUAAAAGUUACCUUUUCAGCAAUGACCAGGAUGACAGUGAAUCUGAUGUGAAUUUUGCCACAAAUUUUAGAAAAAUAACUGCAUUAGUAGCACAAUGUGAUUAUAUUCAGACAUAACAUUCUCUAACUAUAAUGCACAUCUUUGAGAAAUGGUAAUGAGUAUGUUAGUUUUAGUGAUCGUCAGAUUGAAUUGUCAAAAUUACUAAUGCGAAUAGCAAAUUGAAACAGUUAUUCAGGGGUUCCCAACAGACAUAAAAAUCAUUGUGUCUAAAACAUUACUUAUUAAUGGAGUUUAACAUAAUAAUGACAAUAGUGCAAUGAACAGGACCUGAUGCAAGACAGAACAAAAUGUAAAAGAAUGCUCCAUUGUGCUGUAAGACUUGAAGUCACAUGAUGGACCCUGCUUUCAACUGAUAUAAAGCCAUGAGGUAAGCCAAAUUCAUAUUCAACUGCACAGUAGCUUGCAUAGGAAGAAAAAUGUCUCUGAUCAAUAUCCUACUUUGCUUGAAUAAUUUACAUUUACCAAGAAAAAGUGUUUGAGAGACAAUAAGUAGAUCUUGAGUUUCAUAAGUACGGUGCUCUACACUGAGUUGGAGGGUCAAUUUUCUGUCACACUUGAGUGCAGUGAGGCAAUAUGUAAUGAAUUAUCCACUGCUAAUCUUGUCGAGUUCUCAUGACCUACAUGCACAUCUGAAUCUCUUAUGCACUGGCAUCUCAUACUGUACCACGGCUUUCUUCCAUAAUCUCAUUUCUUUAAACACAUGUCAACCUGUAGAUAGGGUACGACAGAGCAAUUACAUUAUAAGAUAAUGUGUAGAACAUUAUGUCCUUGUAUUUUUGCAGAUCCUGCAUUAGUAUACUCUAUUGCCACACGAUGUUCCUGUCUGUGGUGAAUAGCGCACUACAUGCAUAAUGGCAAGUUUACUGCUGCUCUGACUCUGCUACAGUGUGGCGGGGGGAGAAGGAAUGUAGACCACAUGAGUUGAAGAUAAUUGUUGAUCCACUGAUUAGAAAGGAUUUAGACAGAGAAUAAUUUACCCUCAAUCCUAUAUCAAACAAAACUGGUUAGGAGCCACUGAAUUAGAACAAAUUUUAUUUGCCUCUAAUGAGCAUAUGUGGCCUCACUCAUUGUAUCUUGUACACAAAAUGCCUGCUGUUUUCUGUAUGUUGCCUGCAAUUAAUCCGUAAUGAGCAAUAACCAUCCUUACAGAAACAGUGGAUGCAUUUUAUUCAGCUUUUGAAAAAACUUGAUGAGAGAUCACCAAUGUUUUAUAGGAAAGCUAUCCAAUACAAUACAAACAUCUUAACUGAAGUGAUGAGGGAAAAAGAACACAUUCAUUCACUGGGAUGAUGAACUUCCACUUCUAGUUUCCAUUUCAAGCUUGACGAUUGUGCAAUUAUAUAAUUACAUUAACUCCUGCUUUGUGAAUUUAUAAAUACAGUAUGAAGUGUGUGAGAGAGAGAGAGCAAGAGAGUGUGUGUAAUGUCUAUUUGAAUUCUUCCACUGGCCUGUCAAAUGUGGCUUUGUCCAGUAUUUGGCUACUGUUAAAUAGUAGGGACUGGGGGUGCUGCUACUCACAAGUAGAGAUGGAGAAAUAAUGAAGGGUAAAGUGAUGCAGUAAGUAUUUCUUCAAUUCUUCGCAGAUACUCGGAUGGAAUUUUUAUUCGCAGGAUGUCCUAAAACAUAUUUCUCCUUGCGCUUCCUCUUUGAUCUGACAGUACCUUAGCCUGCAGAUCAGAGACCCUCACUAGCAGCAGUAGUGGAGCAUUCGUCACACUACACCUCUCAACUUUAAAGGUGACGGGAUUCUGUCCAUUGUAUUUGUUGGUGAUCUCAUUUUUUUUUUUUAGAGCGGACUAUGUAUGUAUGUAUUUUUCCCCCAGUCACAGCAGUCUUAAGUCAAUUCUUGUGUGUAUUUCAGUGUUUGUGUAUUUUUCAUGUCUAUUUUUUUAUUUGAUUGUCAUAGUUAUUCACACAUGUAGCAUAAUUGUAACAAUGGGAACCAAACAAGCUUUACAAUUAUGUAAAAGAAAAUUAGAUGAGUAUUUUUAUAUAGUUGACACAUGAUUAAAGAAUUGCUUUCUUUUCACUAGUACCUUGCACUUACCACAUGUACUAAUACUUACACAAGGAAGAAUAUGUCCAAAUACACCAUAUUUGUGAAAGUAAAAUAAUUAAUUCUCUUGGUUGAUGCUCCAUUUUGUACAAUAUACAUAUAUGCUGUACAGUAAAGAAAUUUUAAAACUACAAAAACUCUUUUAGAUAUAACAUUAUUUAUUUUUACCAUUUUGUAAUUUAGACACUAUACUGUAGCUUCAAUAUUGCCAGACUUACUGGAAGUGCCUAUAUUGGUAUUAUGUAUCAUACAGUGAAUAUAUUUGAAGAUCAUUAGAAGUUGUCACAAACUGAACCAUGUGGAUGUUGUAAUGUGAAUACAUUGAAUUACAAGACUAUAAUUUCUGUGGUA